AAAAGGAGAAGAAACCAUACAUCUCUCUAGCUGAGAACGCGAAUAAGUCAACUAUUUCAAAGAAAAAAGGGUCCUCAAAGGUAAAAUACAAGUCACCUGAGUACGUCUCUAGUGACGAAGAGGAAGAAGAAAGACCUGCCAAAAAAGCACGAGUCGUCAAAGGGAAUAGUGAAAAGACAGAACAGAAGAAAAAACGGUCAAAGAGAGAAAUAAAGUCACCAGAGAUCGUAGAAAGUGACGUCGAAAUGGAAGACAGUGAAAAAUCCGAUGAAGAAAAGUCAGAUGCUGAUGACAAAUUAGGGAAUGAUAAUUUGGAUUCAAAAAAUCAGGAUUCGGAGUCAGAAGAUUUGACUGAUGCAUUAGAUGAAACCGAUAGCGAAAAUGAAGAUGAAUCACCUGCAGUUCCACGCAAAAAAAUCAAGAAAGGAGAUGACGACGAAUAA